CUGAGUGCUUCAUUGUCCUGGUGAAGUUACUAUCCGGUAGGAAAAUCAGCUGUAUUUAUCAUUACAGAUAUUAAGAUGAGCGCAGACACGGUGGAACAGUCGGAGGCUCAAGGUGAACAGGCAGACCAAAAUGGACUCAACUUCAGUCGACACAUAAAAACAGAGAACAUCCACGACUCAGCCCACCUAGGCUCGCUGAAGACAUGUCACCUGACACAGAGCUCUCAGAUGCCUGGAGGUCAGCUAUCAGGGGAGCUCACGUCCCUCCACACCAUGCAGGGGCUGGUUCUGAUGCAGCCGUCCCACCUGCCCUCUCCCUCCUCCUUCCUGCUCUCCCAGAACCCCAACAACCACCAAGCCAUACUGCAGCAAAACCUGCUGUCACUGCCCAGCCAUAGUCAAAGUGGUCUUCUUCAGCACCAACCGGGACUGGCUCUUACUCCACAGGCCAUGAGUCGCUGUGGUCUGGCGGGAACGUCCAUGGAGAACCACAUGGACAUGUCUCACCUGCAGAUGCCUAAACACUUGUCACUACCACAGCAGGAGGAACCCAGUGAUCUGGAGGAACUGGAACAGUUUGCGAAAGCAUUCAAACAAAGACGCAUCAAACUGGGCUUCACUCAGGGAGAUGUGGGCCUCGCGAUGGGGAAACUGUACGGCAACGACUUCAGCCAAACCACGAUCUCUCGCUUCGAAGCUCUAAACCUGAGCUUCAAAAACAUGUGCAAGCUCAAACCCCUGCUGGAGAAAUGGCUGAGUGACGCAGAGAACUCCCCCUCUGACUCCAUGAGUAACUCCAACUCUCUGCCGCCCUUGAUGGAGGGAUACGGCCGCAAACGGAAAAAGAGGACAAGCAUCGAAACGAACAUCAAGCUGACUCUGGAGAAACGGUUUCUUGAUAACCCUAAGCCCAACUCUGAGGAGAUAACCAUGAUCUCAGAGCAGCUGGGCAUGGAGAAAGAGGUGGUUCGAGUUUGGUUCUGUAAUCGUCGUCAGAAGGAGAAGAGGAUCUACUGCCCAGUGACCAGUUUACCUGUCAAAUCACACAACUACAACUCCAGAAUGACCUCAGCAUCCAGAUCCUACAGCCCUCUGACUUCAGGUGGUGUUUCCUCAAAUUCGUCUCCAAACAGUUUAAGUCGUGAAGCUUCUCCCAACGGCCUGUCCUCAGUCUCAGGAUCUUUAUCGUCUCAGGUGAACCCAGCUUCCUACAGCACACCAGGCUCCUGGUACCGCUCCUGGAAUCAUGCUGCGUAUCAUCACUGAAAAACCUGAACUGCAUCACAUGAAGCUUUUCAACAUCUUUAUUUGUUUUGUUUUAUUUUUUUUUUUUUUUUCAAGAGAGAGGGGGCUGUACACUGGCGAUUUGACAAAGUUACACAGUAUCCCUGUUCUGAACAGGGCUACAGCUACAGGCUUAAACCUUAGAUGGACACGUAAGACAACAGAAGUGCAACAACACCACCACACGUCUGUCAACACUCCCACUCUAGCUCCCGCUCGCUCUGAGAGCCUCCAGCUGUUUGAUUUGUGUUCAUGUGACUCUGUGCUCAGAUCAGCCACAAAGAUGAAGAACACACAGAAAAAGUGCAGAAUGAGAACGCUGCUGGGAAUUGUCUCCUUCGGGUCUUAAUGGUUAUGGCUUGAAUUUGCAACUGUCACUUAAUCUGUUUGAAUGUUGAAGGAUUCAAGUCCAGAGUUCAGUGCACGUCUGAAGGCAGCCUCUGUGCCAAUAUGCUCGAUAGGUUCUCUACAAGGAUUGCUCUUGUUACUGUUAUGAUGUGUUUCUAUGUUUGUGUUGUAGUGGUGUGUUAGCAGUU